CUGAAGAAGCACUUAUCAGCCGAUUUGGACCUUGCACCGUCCCUCUCAGAGAGCCUCACCCCUGAUGUCUCCGCCCGGGCGGCCAUUCGGUCCACCGCCUCUCUCCUGAGCACAGACUCCCUCAGGAGGCCACGUGCUGCCGGUCUGCUGCCUCCUCCAGAUGGCGGGAGCUUAUCGCCGAUAACCGGACUGGAGAAAGUGGGAAAAAAACUAAAAAAGACGUCUUUGUGA